UUUCCCCCAGAUGAUAAGAAAAUGUAGUUUUUGUUAGAAGCCCAAACAUGUGGGCCAUACACAUUUCUUCAGAGUUUUGGAAAGUCUGGGGUGUGAGGGCUGCACUGUCCCAUUUCUCUGCUUGGGGUCCGGACUGUUGGUGGAGGUACUUAAAUGUGGUGUAUCCGUGAGGUUCCAGAUAGCAGGGAGGUACAAAGGUCAUCAGAAGGAGCCUAUCUGCCCACAUUCCACCCAAGAGUCUAAAACUGAGCUUCCUUGAAAACCAAGAUGAGCCAUACUCCAGUUGAACAGUCCGUGAUGGACUUGAUCGUCCUGUUCCACAAAUACACCAAACCUGAUGACAAGAUUGACAAGCAGGGCCUGCUGAAGAUGCUGAAGGAGAAUUUCCCUAACUUCCUCACGGCUUGUGAAAAGAAGGGCAAAGAUUUCUUGGCCCAUAUCUUUGAGGACCAGGACAAGAAUAACGAUAAGAAGAUUGAGUUUUCUGAGUUUCUGUCGGUGUUGGGAGUCAUAGCCACGGACUACCACAAUCAUAGCCACGGAGCCCCGCUCUGUUCUGGGGGAGGACACUGAGUCCAGCCCAGCCUGACACCUCCAAGAAACAAUAAAGUGUGUCUUUUGCCCAGA